AUGUACGUGAGCUACCUCCUGGACAAGGACGUGAGCAUGUAUCCCAGCUCCGUGCGCCACUCCGGCGGCCUCAACCUGGCCCCGCAGAACUUCGUCAGCCCCCCGCAGUACCCGGACUACGGCAGCUACCAUGUGGCGGCCGCCGCCGCCGCGAACUUGGACAGCGCGCAGUCCCCGGGACCGUCCUGGCCGCCCGCGUACGGCGCCCCGCUCCGCGAGGACUGGAACGGCUACGCGCCGGGGGGCGCGACGGCCGCCGCCAACGCCGUGGCCCACGGCCUCAACGGGGGCUCCCCGGCCGCCGCCAUGGGCUACAGCAGCCCCGCCGACUACCACCCGCACCACCACCCGCACCACCACCCGCACCACCCGGCCGCCGCGCCCUCCUGCGCCUCGGGCUUGCUGCAGACGCUCAACCCCGGCCCCCCCGGGCCCACCGUCACCGCCGCCGCCGAGCAGCUGUCCCCCGGCGGCCAGCGGCGGAACCUGUGCGAGUGGAUGCGGAAGCCCGCGCAGCCGUCGCUCGGCAGCCAAGUGAAAACCAGGACGAAAGACAAAUACCGAGUCGUGUACACGGACCACCAGCGUUUGGAGCUGGAGAAGGAGUUUCACUACAGUCGCUACAUCACCAUCCGGCGGAAAGCCGAGCUGGCCGCCACGCUGGGGCUCUCCGAGAGGCAGGUUAAAAUUUGGUUUCAGAACCGCAGAGCAAAGGAAAGGAAGAUCAACAAGAAAAAGCUGCAGCAGCCGCCGUCGUCCCAGCCACAGGCUCCCCAACCGCAGCCAGGUCCCCUGAGAAGUGUCCCGGAGCCCCUGAGUCCCGUGUCUUCCCUGCAGGGCUCGGUGCCUGGCCCUGUCCCUGGGGUUCUGGGGCCGACUGGGGGGGUGUUAAACCCCACUGUCACCCAGUGA